AGCCACAUUCGCUGCCCAGAACUCGCCCCGACAAGAACAUACCUCGACCAAGGCGCGCCUCCAUGAGAAACUUUCGCGAAGAACUAACCAAGAACAUGGGAGAAACGUCGAACUAGAAAACCAAAUAAAUGUUGUUUUUGGCACAUAUUGUGAUAGAAAAAGUGAUGGAAAAUUGAGUGAUAAAAAACCAAGCAAAGAAAAUCUCAAUCAAUUCAAACGCUGCCAAAAGUAACAACAAAGUAAAACGGAACCGUGGUGGUGAACAGCUGUUGUACUCUCUCCCUCAAUUCAGCAGAAAACGUGUCUCGUUCUCUCUCUUUGUCGAGCAAUUCAGCAAACGCGCUCUCCGCCAUUCAGCACGCCGCCGUGCUUCGACAGAGUGCCAUGCUUAAUCAGAGUCACUAUGCUCGGGCUGGUCAACGCGUUCGGACGUAAUUUCUCUAGAAACUAAACACUGAAAGCCGCUACGGAAACGGGAACCGAACCAGAGAAAGAACUGUAAGCCAGCCAACAGCAAAGCAGAACACUGAGCGCGACAAAAGACUGACAAAAGAAAAAAACAAAUAAAAGCCGCAGCUAAAAAUAGUAACACUUUAAGCGCUGCAUUUAAACAAAAACCUAAACCAAGACUGAUUAAAACGCUAAAUAUACAACAAAAUACAAUAAACGAAACAAAGUUAAACAAAGUAAAAGUAAAAUAAAAUACGAAUACGAAUACGGGUUCUGAUAAAAAGCAGCAACAAUUCCGAACGGAAUAAUCUGCAAAUGGAUUAAGGUUCCUCCUCUUACACACACACACACGCGAGAAAAUCACACACUCAACACACACUCACGGAUUACCUGCAGCCACAACAGCCGUUAGCCGCGCGCUCUCUUUUUUGGAUUACCAGUGCCAAUACAAAGAAUAAGAAAAGCAAAAGAAAAAGAAAUCUAAUAAAAGAAAGAAAAAAGUGUCUUGAAAUUUUUUCACAAGUGAAAAGCAAGCAGAAAGAAUAAUCACAAAAAUGCAAUAAAAGAAAAGAAUAAAACUUAAAUUAUAACUGUGUUAACGAAGGAGGAGAAGCAGCAGCAGAAGGAGUAGAAGUAGAAGAGAGUAGCAGCAAGCACACACUCUCUUACACACACUCUCUCCACCCCACACACAACAAUGACGAUGGCCGCCUGUUAUGCUAGCUAUGACAUGUCGUCCCUUUCCCACGGCAUGUCCGCUGCCGCCUUGAAUGCCUUGCAACAGCAGCAGCAGCAGCAACAACAGCAGCAGCACAGCCAUUCCCAGCAGCAGCAUCACCAGGCGCAGCAGCAGCAGCAGCAACAGCAACACAUGUACCAUGCCGCCGUGUCAGCACAUCAGCAACAGUUGCUCCAACAGCAGCAGCAGCAACAUCACCGCCAGCAGCAGCAGCAGCAACAUUCACAUCAGCCCGCCUCCAACACCCGCCACAGCCAUGCGGCGGCGGCCCAGACCCAGGUCGCCGCCGUCGCCACCUCACGCCAACAGCAGCAGCAGAGUGUCUCUGCCAGCAGCAGCGCCAAUAGCAGCAGCAAUGCAAACAGCACCGGUGCAGCGGCUGCGGCAGCGUCGCCCCAGAAGGACUACAGCAUUCCACUGCACGUCGACUGCAGCGUCGAGUACGAGCUCCCCAAUCAGCCCAAGCCACCCGCUGGACAGCGCGUGGAGCCUCUGCUGAUGAUCCAUCCCUGCUACUUUCGCAAAAUGGAGUCGCAGCGGCGCAGUCCCUUCGUGAACAACAUGCAGGCAACGGCGCGCACGGCCAACAACAGUGCAGUCAGCAGUGGGGCGGCGCUUGGCGGUGGCGGAGGAGCGGCCGCCGCGGCACCCAGCAGCAGUGCAGCGCGUCGUGGAGCCAGACAGAGUGCGCAACAACAGCAGCAGCAGCAACAACAGCAGCAACAACAGCAACAACAGCAGCAACAACAACAACAGCAGCAACAGCAGCAGCAACAACAACAGCAGCAGCAGCAUCAAGCUCAACAGCAGCAGAGGCAGGUGUACCAGCAGCAGCAGCAGCAGUUGCGUCAGCAGCACCAACAAAUGUCGCAGAUGUCGCAGCAGGCACAUUAUCCCGUGCAACAGCAGCAGCAGCAACAGCAGCAGCAUCAGCAGGAGCAUGUGCGUCGCCAACAGCAGCAACAGCAUCAAGCGCAGCAGCAGCAUCAGGCGCAGCAGCAGCGAAGCAGCAGCAACCAAAGUCGUCAAAGCCAAAGUCAAAGCCACUCCACCUCAACGGCGGCUGCCGCACAGGUGGCCGCAGCAGCAGCAGCAGCCGCCGCAGCCAGCUCCGCGUCAAUAGCCGCCGCAGCGGCGGGGCAGUGGGAUCAGCUGGCAGCGGCGCUGGCCGCACGCACUGCCAUGACGCCGCACCACAUGCUGGCACCCCCGCCCCAUCAGACCCUCUACGCGGCCAAGGGGAGCAACGGCUCUUCGGGAGGAUCGGGCGCCGCCUCUGGGAAGAGGGAUGCCAUGAUUUCCGGCUCGAACUACGGCCAGACGGCGCCCUCGGUCGGUGGCAGCACGAAGCACCAUCAGCAGCAGCAGCAACACUGCCUGCCCCCUCCGCCCUGGGAUGCCACAGCAGUGGGUGGGGCGGCGCCCGCGCAGAGCAUGGCCAUGCUGAUGGACCGCUCGCCGAUGGCCACAGUUCCUAGCAAUUAUCAGGCCGGCCCUGACACCACGCCCAUGCAGCGGCUGUACGGCGCCACCGUGACGCCCACGUCUGCAUCGGGUGCGGGUCCGGGGGCGGGCGCGUGUCCGGGAUCGACUGGAGGCGCCACCUCUGCCACGGAUAAGCUGAGCGGCAAGUACCGGCAGUACCUGCGCUCGCAGCGGAUGCACCCCUAUGCGGCGGCGGCCUCCCUCAACCUGGCCGCAGCCGCCGCGGCCGCCGGAAGCUUGGGGCAGACCUCGUUUGUGCCAUUCGGAGCGGCCGCGGCGGCGACGCCCACAUUCCAGCAUCUGCAGCAGCAGAUAUCCUGCUACAAUGUGUGAUCCCCCUCCCAGGAGCAGCGCGGAGGCAGAAGAAGCAGCAACCAACUGAGACAGGCGCUUACCAAGUAAACGUCGAUGAAAAUAGCCGCCUCAAGGAAUAGCCAAUAGGAAAACCCUCCCCCCAAAACCCCCAUUAUAUAGGCCAUCUCUUCUCUCCCGUAUAAUACAACCCUGUAAACCCGGUCGACUCCCCCCAAAAGCUUUUAGAAUCAAAAAAUAUGAAAAAACAAAAAAAAUUAAAGCUAAAUUCUGUUUAGAGCUGUUCCCAAAA